GGGGGACGUGGAAGCCACCUGGCUGAGGACAGAGACCCAGGUUUCCGGCUCCCACCUCCACACAGGGCCGGGCAGAGCUCUGGCUGUAGGAGUGGGAGGGCCUGUGACGUCCGUGCUGCGUGGCAGGGUUUUAGUUCCCCAGCACAGCACUGAUGGAGACCUGCCUUCAGGCUAAACUCAUGAGCUGGAAAUUCACCAGUGAUAUUCUUAUCCUCCACAUGUUGACUCCCUUCCAGUAUCUGCCUGCUCUGGUCACUCUCCAGUGCCCUCAGAUGGAGAAAUGGGGGCUAGAAGAGGCUGAAUAACUUGCUCAAGGUCACAUAACGAGCAAGCGAUGGAGCUGGGGUUUGAACCCAGGCAGAUGAGCCCCAAAUACAGCUGGUUGACCUCUAUGCUCCGAUGCCUUCUUUUCGUGAUACAGCAUCUGAAAAGGCCGGUUACACUAUGGAUGGGCAAGUUCUCUUCCUCUUAGUAAAUACUGGAUUGGAUCCGAUGGAACUCACGAGGCUGUGGGAUUCUUUGUCACACGCACACAAGUGGUACCAGGGACUAUCUGUGGGGUCUGAAUCACCCUGAGAACCCAUUUCCAUCCAUUCGUCAGGCACCCCAGCCUACGAUGCAAAUGAGGAAAUCUUCCUAAGCAGGAAUAAACUGCAAUCAAACCCAGAGCUUCCCUCAUCCUGGUUUUCACUUCAUGUUUUGGAUGCUGCAGGCAGGGUGAGCAGAGAUCCUAGGCUCCGAGCCCUGCCAUGAACCAGUUCCAGACCAUCCUGACUCAUGUCCGGAUGCUGCUGUCCAGCCAUCAGCCAAGUGAGGUCCAGGCCCUCCUGGACAGCAUGCUGGAAGAGGAGCUUCUCUCCAGGGAGUACUACAGCGCCCUGCUCCAUGAGCCGGAUGGUGAGGCUCUGGCCAGGAAGAUCUCCUUGACUCUGCUGGAAAAAAGAGACCUGAACUUGACCCUCUUGGGAUGGGGCUGGAGUGGGCUAGAGGCUCCAGCGGCCGAGUGGGACCCCAGCUACAAGGACCCUGGUGGCAGUGGACCGUGUGCCGCCAUGGAGUUGGGGCCGCUGGAAGGCGGGUACCUGGAGCUUCUCAACAGCAAUGCUGACCCUUUGCAUCUCUACCACUUCUAUGACCAUGUGGACUUGGCUGGAGAAGAAGAGAUCGAGCUCUGCUCAGAACCCGACACGGACACCAUCAACUGCGAACAGUUCAGCAGGCUGUUUGACAUAGAAGGUGAUGAAGAGACCAGAGAGGCUUAUGCCAAUAUCGCGGAACUGGACCAGUACGUGUUCCAGGACUCCCAGCUGGACGGUCUGAGCAAGGACAUCUUCGUCGAGCACAUAGGCUUGGAAGAAAUGAUCGGUGAGAGCGUGGAAGCGCCCGAGGAAGUGGGGCAGAAAAGACCCUUCCCAGAGGAGCUGCCGGUGGACCGGAAGCACAGGAAGCUAGCCGAGCCCCCCGCCGUGCCCAUGGUGACUGGCACUUUCCUGGUGGGGCCAGUGAGUGACCCCUCGACUCUGCCCUGCCCGUCGCCGGCUGCUCUGUUUAACAAGGAGCCAGCAUCCAGCCAGACCCGGGUGGAAGAAACCGUCCUGAUGCCCGCGCCCCCCUCCACUUCCUUGCUGAGCUGUUUGAGUCUCCCCGCCGGGCCCAUUCAGAUCGUCCCCACUCUCCCCACUCUGCCCCAGGGGCUCUGGCAAAUCUCAGGGGCUGGGACCGGGGUCUCUGGUGUAUUCAUCUACCAAGGCGAGCUGCCCCAGGCUAGCCAAGCGCCCCCGCCCAGCAGCCCAGCUGUCCACAGCCUCCCGAAGUCCCCAGACCGGCCUGGUUCCACCAGCCCCUUUGCCCCAUCGGCAGCUGACCUUCCUGGCAUGCCCGAACCAGCCCUGACCUCCCGUGCCCACGUGACCGAGGACCAGGUGUCGCCCACCCGAUGCCAGGCAGCUCACGAGGGCUCCAGCAAGCCUCCAAAAUGGCCCGAGAGCGUGGAGAAGUUCUACCGCUCGCUCCAGGACAGGUACCAGGCCGAGCCCGCAGGCCCGGACGGCAUCCUGGUGGAGGUGGACCUGGUGAGGGCGCGGCUGGAGCGGAGCAGCAGCAAGAGCUUGGAGAGGGAGCUGGCCACCCCAGACUGGACAGAGCGGCAGCCGGCCUGCGGGGGUCUGGCCGAGGUGCUGCUGGCUGCGGGCGACCGCCGGCGGCCGCGUGAGACGCAGCUGAUUGCCGUGCUCGGCAAAGCAGGACAUGGGAAGAGUUGCUGGGCCCGGGCAGUGAGCCGGGCCUGGGCCUGCGGCCGGCUGCCGCAGUAUGACUUUGUCUUCUUCUUCCCCUGCCGCUGUCUGGACCGUCCUGGGGACGCCUACCGCCUGCAGGACCUCCUCUUCUCCCUGGGCCCGCAGCCACUGCCCGUGGACGAUGAGGUCUUCAGUCACAUCUUAAGGAGGCCGGACCGCGUGCUGCUCAUCCUGGAUGCCUUCGAGGAGCUGGAAGCUCAGGAUGGCUUCUUGCACAGCGUGUGCGGACCUGUGUCCCCGGAGCCGCGCUCCCUCGGGGGGCUGCUGGCGGGCCUGUUCCAGCGCAAGCUGCUGCGUGGCUGUACCCUCCUGCUCACGGCCCGGCCCCGGGGCCGCCUGGCCCAGAGCCUGAGCAAGGCUGACGCCCUGUUCGAGAUGGCCGGCUUCUCAGCCGAGCAGGCCGAGACCUACGUGAGGUGCUACUUCGAGCUUUCGGGGGACAGUGAACAUCAGGAGAGAGCCCUGGAGCUCCUGCGGGGCCAGCCGUUUCUGCUCGGUCACAGCCACAGCCCCACGGUGUGCCGGGCCGUGUGCCAGCUCUCUGAGGCCCUCCUGGAGCGGGGCGACGAGGCCGAGCUGCCCUCCACGCUCACCGGACUCUACGUUGGCCUUCUCAGCCCGGCAGCCCGUGACAGCCCCCCAGGGGCGCUGGUGGCGCUGGCCAGGCUGGCCUGGGAGCUGGGCCGCCAGCACCACGGCACCGUGCGCGAGGGCCAGUUCCCGUCGGCGGAGGUGACGGCCUGGGCUGUGGCCAAAGGCUUGGUGCAGCCCAUCCCGGGGGCCCCGGAGCCCGAGCUGGCUUUCUCCAGCUUCCUCCUGCAGUGCUUCCUGGGGGCCGUGUGGCUGGCUCUGAGCGGCGAGAUCAAGGACAAGGAGCUGCCGCAGUAUUUGGCGCUGACCCCAAGGAAGAAGAGGCCCUAUGACAACUGGCUGGAGGGCGUGCCGCGCUUUCUGGCCGGGCUGGUCUUCCAGCCUCGCGCCCGCUGCCUGGGAGCCCUGGCGGGGCCCGAGGGCACCACGCUGGCGGACAGGAAGCAGAAGGCGCUCACCAGGUACUUGAAGCGGCUGCAGCCGGGGAUGCUGCGCGCAGGGCGGCUCCUGGAGCUGCUGCACUGCGCCCACGAGGCCCUGGACGCCGGGCUCUGGCAGCACGUGGUGCAGGGGCUCCCCGCCUGCCUCUCCUUCCUGGGCACCCGGCUCACGCCUCCCGAUACCCACGUGCUGGGCAGCGCCCUGGAGGCGGCCGGCCGAGACUUCUCCCUGGACCUCCGCAGCACUGGUAUUGACCCCUCUGGACUGGGGAACCUCGUGGGACUCAGCUGUGUCACCCGUUUCAGGGCCGCCUUGAGUGACACGGUGGGGCUGUGGGAGUCCCUACAGCAGCGUGGGGAGGCCAAGCUACUCCGGGCAGCGGAGGAGAAGUUCACCAUCGAACCUUUCAAGGCUGAGUCCAUGAAGGAUGUGGAUGACCUGGGCAACCUCGUGCAGAUCCAGAGGACAAGAAGUUCCUCGGAAGAUGUGGCUGGGGAUCUCCCCGCUGUCCGGGACCUGAAGAAGCUGGAGUUUGCGCUGGGCCCCGUCCUGGGCCCCCAGGCUUUCCCCAGGCUGGUGAGGAUCCUUGAGGCCUUUUCCUCCCUUCAGCAUCUGGACCUGGACUCGCUGAGCGAGAACAAGAUCGGGGACGAGGGCGUCGCUCAGCUCUCGGCCACCUUCCCGCAGCUGAAGGCCCUGGAGACGCUCAACCUGUCCCAGAACAGCAUCACCGACGUGGGCGCCUGCAAGCUCGCCGAGGCCCUGCCCGCGCUGGCCAUGUCCCUCCUCAGGCUGAGCUUGUACAAUAACUGCAUCUGCGACGUGGGAGCCGAGAGCCUGGCGCACGUGCUUCCAGACAUGGUGUCGCUGCGGGUGUUGGAUGUCCAGUACAACAAGUUCACGGCCGCCGGGGCCCAGCAGCUCGCGGCCAGCCUGAGGAAGUGCCCGCACGUGGAGACGCUGGCGAUGUGGACACCCACCAUCCCAUUUGGCGUCCAGGAACACCUCCAGCAGCUGGACUCCCGGAUCAGCCUGAGAUGAUCCCAGCCGUGCCCGGGACAAGCACCUUCUCUGAGGACACUGACCACGCUGGACCUUGGUCUGGUUAUCUGGGGACACAGCUCUUCCUGGCUGUAUCCCAUGAGCCUCGGCGUCCCGGCUCGGUGUCAGCCCCGUCCAGCUGCGGAAGGACCAGGGCCUGCUCUGCGGAUGGACUCGGGCCUGGCUCCAGGCUCCUUCGGGCUCAGGACGAUGCCAGCCCUGCUCUGCCGCUGCGGCCCUGGCAGACAGGCGGGCACCUAGUGGCAGCUGCAGUCCUCUAGGAGCCCUGGGGCACUCCCUGUGGGACACUCCAGACGGCGUGGCUGGGCCAGAGUCAGGGACGGAGGUGGCCACCCCUCUGCCUCCCGGAUGCCUGCAGCCUGGGGAGGAAGCCCUUCUCCACGUCGCCCUCCUCACAGGCACCCCCGGUCUGCUCGUUCCAGGCGCCAGGCCGGGACUCGGUGGCAGCUGCUUUCUGGCUGUGGGACUCACUGUUUGCACUAACUUUGUUGGCCGAGGCCAAGCUAGGCCUGGCCAGAUGCACUGGACCUUUGCACAAAACUGCGGAUGGUACACUAACGGGGGGGAGAUGGACGGGAGCCACGUCUGCGGGUCCUCUGUCACUCCCUGUGCCUCCACUACAUGAUAAACGUCUUGUUGCCUCCCCCGCA